CUUUAUUUUUGCUGGUUCUCAUUUCCACCUUGCAACAACAACCUUCCUUAGCUUCUUCCUUUGUUGCUUUCUCUCCUCUAGCUAUCUGCAACUUGGUAGCAACACACACACUUCACCUUCUCUCUCUACCUUGUUGAUGUGAUUCUCUCCACCACUAUCAAACCUUUACAGAAAGAGAAAGCUCCAAGAGAGAACCAUGGUUUUUACUUCCAUACCAGCAGCUUAUCUUGAUGCAUCCAACUGGCAGCAACAGCAACCAAAUCAUCAACCAGGAAACAACAAUUCCACCUCUCAGCACCUGCUCCCUCCUCCGCCUCCCCCUCCACUGCCACCCCAUGGAGCCGGCGCCAUCAGGCCGGGAUCGAUGUCAGACAGAGCCAGGAUGGCCAACGUGCCUAUGCCGGACACCGCGCUGAAGUGUCCGCGCUGCGAGUCCACCAACACAAAAUUCUGCUAUUUCAACAACUAUAGCCUCUCUCAGCCCCGUCACUUCUGCAAGACUUGCAGAAGGUACUGGACUAGAGGCGGUGCCUUGAGGAAUGUCCCGGUCGGCGGGGGCUGCCGGAGGAACAAGAGAAGCAAAGGAGGCAGCAGCAGCAACAGCGCCGGCAAGUCCCCGGCCAGCUCGGACUGCCAGACCGGGAGUGGUUGUUCCACCAAUUCAGUUUCCUCCAACAGUGGCCCUUCUGCUGCUGAUAUCUUAGGCCUUGGACCUCAGAUUCCACCAAUGAGGUUCAUGGCUCCAUUGCAUCAUCAUCAGUUCUCAGAGUUUGGAGCUGGUGGUGGUGGUGAUAUGGGGUUAAACUAUGGUCUCAGUUACAACCCCAUUUCAGGUGGUCCAAUAGGAGGAGUAGGGGAGUUGAGUUUCCAGAUAGGAGGUGCUAAUUUAGGUGGUGGUGGUGGCGGCAGUGGUGGUGGUGGCGGUUGUGGUUCAAUCUUAUCUGGUUUGGACCAAUGGCGUAGUGUGCCACAAACUCAGCAGUUUCCCUUCUUGGCUGGUCUGGAAGGUUCACCGGUUGGUUUGUACCACCACCCUUUUGAAGGCGGCAGUGUUCAUCAUCAUGAGGUAAUUGGAUAUGGCUCCGGUGGUGGUCAUAGUCUGAGUAAUUUAAGGCCAAAGAUUUCAACUUCUGGGUUGAUGACUCAGCUUGCUUCAGUGAAAAUGGAAGAUAGUAGGGAACUUAAUUUGCCAAGCCAGUUCUUAGGGACCAAUAAUUCUGCAAGUGAACAAUAUUGGAGUACUACUACUGCUGGUACUAAUUCUGCAGCUUGGACUGAUAUUUCUGGUUUUAGCUCUUCUUCUACAACUAGCAACCAAAUGUAGAGUUUUUUAGAUCCGGGUACUUUUGGUUAGUGUGGCUUCAAUUUCUUUAACCUACCAAGAACACAAAUUUUAGUCCAAUUCCUAUAUAUGAGUGCUUUGAGGA